GGGCUCCUCCGCUGCUUGCGGCGCUGCCCCGGGCUCCUGGCGCACCUGGCGGCGCUCGGCCUCGAACUGCUGCUGCUGCUGCUCUCCCGGCCCGGCACCAGUCUCUUUUCUUGGCAUCCUGUGUUCAUGUCGAUAGCUUUCUGCCUGUGCAUGACCGAAGCCAUCCUGCUCUUCUCGCCGGAGAACUCUCCGUUCUGCUUCUGCUCCCGCAAGGUGAAGGUGCGGCUCCACUGGACUGCACAGACAUUGGUGAUUGUGGCAGCCACGCUGGGCCUGGGCUUCAUCAUCUCCAGCAAGAACCGGAGCGAGUAUCCGCACUUUGUUUCAUGGCACAGUAUCCUGGGCAUCGUGACUCUCAUUGCCACCUGCGGGCAGGCUCUUUGUGGGCUUUGCUUGCAUUUCCCCCAGCUGCUGAGGGUCUCCUCUGUGGCACGUCUAAGGCUGUACCACAUUACCUGUGGCCUGGUGGUCUACCUGCUCGCCACCUUUACCGUGGCCCUUGGGAUCUACUCGGACUGGUUCCAAGCACAGAUCAAAGGGGUGGCCUGGUAUGUCUGCCUGGCACUACCCUUCUACCCAGCCCUCAUGGUCAUGAACCAGAUCAUUAGCAUUUACAUCCCAGCAAAGAGGGGGAAUAUCUGAGCCACUGGCCUGUGUUUCUGUCCAUCCCAGGGCUGGAGCACCAGCUUGCCCCUCUCCCUUUGUUACAGGGUGUGCACCUGUGUGCAGUGUGUGUUUGAGCAAUAUCCCUGUGCCUUAUACUGAUGAUGUGUUUCCCUUUGCAUACAUAAUAGAGUUUUCUAGUUUCCAGAGUUUGAGCUGUCCCUUUAUUUCUAAUGAAAGCACUUCCACAUUUAAAAAAAUGUAGGAGAGCCUGGGAUUUGGUGUCGAGCUCCUGGCUCAGGUCAGGUCUUUGCUGCCCCCAGAAGCUGCCUUGCUUUCCUGGGGUAAAGACCCUACCCGUUGGUGCAGGGUGAAUGGCCCCUGGGAGUCUGCUUCAGUUUGAUGCUUAGAACUGUGACAAGUGAAAAGGAGAGGCAGGAGGAUGCCUGGGUGAAUGGUUGCUGGCAGGUGCCCCCAUCCUGUGCUAAUGGGAGUCACAUGGCCUGGUGGCACUGAUGCAGGAAGCUGCAGUCCUGAUGUACAGGUGGUAAAUGCGCAGCGGGUAAGUGAAGGUCUCUGCUGCAUGUGCCCGUUGGUGCGCUGCACGAUUCCAGAUCACACACAGACUGGUAAAGGAGUGGUGAGGUGGGCACUGGGGACUGGGAUUUUACCUUGGGCACCAGGGAGUCACUCUGGAGCCUCCGGUUCCAGCGCAGCCCUGCUGGAGAAGGGGCUGUUUCCGCAGCUAGUUGUAAUACUUGCUUUCUGCACCUUGCUGCCUUGGGUGGUGCCAGGCUGUGUCUGCACCUUGCCUUGGAGCAGAGGCUAGGGGGAGUUGUGUGUACCUAGGCUAGCUCAGGCCAGAGCUGCUGUAAUGGGAAGACACCAAGCUUACUAUUUCUGUGGUUUGUUAGGGGGCUGCGGCAGGACUUUGCUGGUGUAUCCCAAAGAUAGAUUUAUUAAUUCUUGGGGCUUUCUGACUUGCAACAGCGUGGUCUACAGUUAGCAGCAGAACUCCUGUGCUUGGGGUGUGAGCCGGUGGGCUUGCACAGAUCCUGUUGAAAUAUCCUGCUGUGCAUCAUCUUAGGAUUGUAAGAGCCUUCUGCCUCCAGUAGCUCAGAGACGAGGUCAUGCAUUGCACCUCCUGAACAGGGGUACUCUCUUUCUUGGCAGUCUGCUUCCUGUUUCAUCUGCCAUCAGUAUCACCAGUGCUGGUGCGUGAGUCUGUGCAUGGCCAUGAGGGAGGGGGGGGCUGAUGAACCAGUUGUCCAUUUAACCUCUUCUUUUUUUAAUACUCUCCAAAAGUGGGGUGAAAGGAUGAGUCAGGGGCAGUUGUGGAGGGGCAGGAGAGGAGCCUGGGGUGCUAGCCUGCUGGUAAUGUGCAACAAACACCCAAGCACCACCCCCAUCGGGUGAUUUUGAGAUUUGAACCUGGCAUCCCCAGUGGCGCAGCGCUGAGCUGAAGGAGUAGCUCUGCUAGCUGACAGCUGUAGUAGGUUGCUAUUCUCUGCGGAGCACAGCCACUCUGCUAGAGCGGGUGACACUUGCAGGAGGAAGGAGCUGGUAGCUGUGUGUGUGGCAGGGUGCUUAAUAGGAGAGGGGAGGAGACCCAUGUGGUAGUUUUGGUGCCCUUUGCUCUCUCUGGGCGUCAUCACCAUUCUGCAUAAACCCUUGUGCUGUUUUCUGUUCUGUCCGACCCAAGAGGAAAUGAAACAGCACAGAGAUGUC